AUGAACGACCUUUUGUCCGAUGCUCAUGGUCCACCCCGCAAAAGAAUGCGGAAGGGCACCAGAAGCUGUAUGGAAUGCCGACGACGAAAGAUUCGCUGCACGUACGAUUCUGAUCGCUGCGAGAUAUGUAACGAAUGUCGUUUUAGGGGCUCGAAAUGUUUCGAUCAGGAACAUGGCUCGGAUGACCCAAGUACUGGGCCUGGCUCUGGCCCGUCGGAGCGAUAUAGUCUCCGGGAACGGGUCGCAUAUUUGGAGACUGUAGUACAGGACUUGGCGAAACGAUUAGAUGAAACUAAUGCUUCUAUUUCAAAAUCUGCCCAAACGACAUCAGGGAACUUGACACCUGUAUCUACAGAACCCGAUAGACUUGGCCCGUCAAGUGAAAAGAUUGAAAAUGCGCCUGUAAUGCAGCUGUUCGACAACUAUCUUGUCAGUCGCCGCGAUGACCCAUCCAGCAAUGACCAGUUUAUGGGCGCCAAAGAUACGUCAGAUAAGGCCCGAGCAGUAAGACUCGAGCUUAUAUCACUGUUUCCUUCCGACGAAGACAUCAAAAAAGUCCUAGCCCAGUGUUCCCACUUAUGGUGCAUGUGGGAAGAGGAUGUUUCAGCACUGCACAAGGUCUUCGCUGCAAGAUAUGAUACCCCAGAGACCCUGGUAGCACCUGCCGAUCUAGGGAAAGCGCUAGUGUGUCUCUGUAUUAGCAUGCUGCAAAGUCCUCCUGAAUUUGAUUUCAACACGCUGCAACUUCCUAUGGAUGUGCAAGUAUUUGCCUCUCGGUGCUGUGAAGCGGUUGACAGGCUGGUUGUACGUGAUGAUGACUUCUCGGCAACUCUGCCUGGUAUAGAAUGCCACUUGCUGCUCUCCAAAUUUCAUAUGAAUGAGGGCCGGCUGCGCAAAGCAUGGCUGAUCAAUCGUCGAGCUAUUGACUUGGCUCACUUAGCGGGGAUGCACUUGUCUACCAGGACUCCACAGCCAUCAGACAGUUUGUUUGAGAGGCGACUCAAAAUUUGGUGUUCGCUGGCUACUUCGGAUCGAUCUAUCAGUCUCAUACUUGGUCUUCCUUAUGUCAUUUCCGAUGCAUUCUAUUUACCCCAAGUGGAGCGACGUUUGAAGUCUGCGGAGUCUGCUGCUGAGCAAUACAUGCUCCGGAUUGGUGUCAUCACAGGCCACAUGAUAGAUCGCAACCAAAAUCCCACCGAGAUGUGUCUUGAGACCACCUUGAAGCUCGAUCAGGAACUCAUGGAUGCUUGGAAUGCGAUGCCGAAUACUUACCUUGGUUCAGAGCGUGGCUCGAACGAAAGCAGAGAGCAGUAUUUGGAACGAAUACCUUUGCAAUUUAUGCCCAAGGUUCUGCGGGCUCUUCUCCAUUUACCUUUUAUGCUGAAGUAUCCUCAUGAUCCACGGUUCAGAUACUGUCAUAAAACGGCCAUUCAAUCUGCUCGGGAGGCGCAGAUCUUUUACAAAAUCAUUCGAUCAGCAGCCCGAUCCAAUAUGUGCAAGGUCAUUGAUUUCAUGGCUUUCACCAUGGGUAUGCUGCUGGUAGUCCAUCUGUAUGGCUAUUCGGAAGAGUGGCCAGAUCACAGCAAAGAAGAAGACGAACAAGACUGGGCCCUGAUCGGAGAACUUGUCGGGAUUCUCCGUCAAGCCGCGUCAGAAAGUGGCGGAUCCGUCGCUGCCGAAUCAGCUCAUAUCCUCGGCGAGAUGUAUAAAUGUCGAUUAGAUCAACAAAAGGGUGACUGGGAUUUAGCGGCUCAUUGCAAAAUCACCGUGCCUUACUUUGGGACGAUUACUGUGGGGGCUGGUGCCAAGUUUGCGGGUAUGAGGAAGAAGGGACAGAAUCCCGCAGUGCCUAGUCCAGGUCUAAGCACCUCGUCAUCUCAGAGGACUCCCGGCCAACUUUAUACUCCGCCUAUGUCAGACCCGGAUGGUGUAAUGACUGUUCCAAAUAACAACACCAACGGUCAUACCCCGGUUGCCGAUUCUGCAGGCUGUCACUCAAACCAGCCGCUCCCUACCAAUGAUGAUAGCUCGCACAAUGCUUUUACGGGCUUGGAGGGCAAUGCCUUCAGUGCACUGUUUGAUGAUAUUGGACAGUAUAUCUUCCCGAACACCACCAACGUCGAUCUGGGACUGGAUCAAGGGUGGAAUUUAAAUUGGUUUGACGGUAACGUGCUACCACAGUAA